UGCGGUCACAAUGUAUCGUACGAUGCCAUCAACUGCGACCGCGACUGUCCUGGCCAGCCGCGAGUUGGUGCAAUGCGUGUUCGCCUACCAAUGUGGUCUCUACGAAGACAUGUUGCCCUUGAGCGAUCUCCUUCCCAAACACCUCACGAAUCGAGCGCUAUACUUCCUCAUGAUUGGGAACUUUUCUGAGUUCUGCAACCACAUUGGCCACUUUGCCACGGGCAUUGCGCCAUGGCUAGCAAAACAUGGCACACGAGGACUCUCUCGGCUUUUCGCGUGCAUUGACUCGAUGUCGUUCACGGUGGAACUGUUUGCAGCGUGCGUUGGCCACAUCGACGUCAUCGACUUCAUGUUGGACAAUGACUUGUUGGAUCCGACAAUCCCGCUGAUGGAUUUGGCUGCGUGGGCUGGCCAGCUCACCGUCAUGACCCACCUCACAGAACGAAAUCGUUGCAAAGACUCGAAACACUGCACCAUGACCACCACAACACUCGACUGGGCUGCGUGCAAUGGACAAUUGAACGUUGUUCAAUAUUUCACAGAAGUCGAGUUCUCCCCGUGCUCAACAGAGGCGAUGGACGGCGCGGCUCGCUGUGGGCAUUUGGAAAUUGUCCAGUACUUGCACACGAAACGUCGCGAGGGAUGUACACCCGGCGCCAUGGACCGCGCGGCCUGCUACGGCUACCUCGAUGUUGUCGAAUACCUCCACGAGAAUCGCCACGAAGGCUGCACGUACCGCGCAAUGGAUGCGGCAGCGACCAGCGGCCAUCUUGAGAUCGUCCAAUUUCUCAACGAAUGGCGGGAUGAAGGAGCGUCGUCCGAUGCCAUGGACGGGGCCAUUCUCAAUGGACAUUUGAGUGUUGUGAAAUAUUUGCUGGACCAUACCAGCGUUGCCACGUCAUCCGCAGAUGUGCUGGAUGCGGCGCUCGCACUUGGGGACCCCGACAUGGCGGCGUUUUUGUUGGAUCGGUUCUGUCUUGAUGACGAAGGGACCUGGUCCGGCGACGACGACCCGUGCGAAGCAUCCGCGAUUCAAGCUCACGUGUUCUAACACUAACCUAUUUACAUAAAAUCCAACGCUACCGCACACAGCAUCUCCAUGAAGUGAUCGUCCUCCAACCUGGCUACGUCCCGUUGUGAUUCACGGAUUCGAGCGGGGCACUCGUCAGUGCGUCAAGUAGCCACGGCAAUGUGAAGUGGUGGCAAAAUCCAGCCGACCUCAUAUCAACUACUUGAUCAGGUGUCGUAUUCUCGGC